AUGAAGGAAAUGCUUCGAGAUCUAAAUGAGAUUCAUAAAAAUGCUUUUGGUUGUCCAAAAGAGUAAAUAUUUGUUUUUGCAAAGUAAAUUAAGCAAUAAUAAUAAUAACAUAUGAGCAAAGCUAACAAAUUCAUUGCUACGUUAUAUAAGGUUCUUGAAGUAAUAAAAAAGCAUAAAGUUAGAGUAAAGAAUAUUUCAAUUAUGUUUCUUGGACCAAUAAUGGAACUUCUUUCAUGAUUCAUAAAUUAGAUGAUUUUUAGAAAAUUGUUUUAACGGAAUGCUUUAACUAAAUAAGUAUACACUCAUUUUAUAGGCAAAUGUGCUUAUAUGGGUUUAGAUUGAAAAAGAAAAAAGGCUUAAAGGAGUAUUCGCAUCCUAAUUUUAUUUAAGGAAAUUUGUACUUAAAUUUUAUAAGCAGUUAGCAAAGAAUUAGGGCUUGUUCAGAGAAAAAGUAAGAGUCAUGAAACAGCUGAUGAUAUGAUUAAAGUGAGUAAUAGUUUAAAGGAGUAACUUCAAAAACUAAAAGAACAGUAAUACUCAUUUCUUUAUCAAUUGAAAGCCCAAUAAGAAAUUCAUAAAAUUUUGACUAACAAAAUAAAGUAACUUCUGAAUGUAAAUAUGUAAUAAAGACAUUUAGCAAUUUGAAAAUUAAUAUCCAGAGUUUUGGAAAUAAUAAAUGCGAAUUAUGUUAAAACUAAUAUGCGGAUGCAAACCAUUAUAUGGAGUCCUAACUUCAGCACCUCUUUAUGAAAUAUUAAAGGAUGAUCUUUUAUAACAAGAAGAUUUUUAUUCUCCAAAAUAAUUGCCUUUUUAUUGA